AUGAAAGAGUUGAAGCUAGCUCUGAAACAGUGGAAUAGUGAAGUAUUUGGCAAUAUAAAUACUAAAUUGAAACAAGCAAAAGAUGAGUUGCAUCAGAUUGAUCUGGUAGCAAAGGUUAGAGAGCUUGUAGAGGCAGAAAAAGCUCGAAGAAGAGAGGUUAGUGAAGAAGCUGGCAGGUUGUAUAGAAUGGUGGAGUGGAUGUGGCUUCAAAAAUCAAGACUAAAUUGGGACUUGAAGGAAGACAAAAAUACAAGAUAUUUUCAUGUGGUAGUCAAAAGUAGGCAGGGGAGAAAUGAGAUUAACUCCUUAUCUAUUGGAGAUGAAGUUUUUGAAGAUCCUAAUAAAGUAAAGCAGGAGGUUCAAGCAUAUUUUCAAAGACAAUAUAAAGAGGAAUGGAGAUCAAGACCUGUGUUGGAAGGAUCUUUCAAGUCAGUUAGGAACAACCCAUUUUUUGAUCUACUGGAAUUAGAAUUUUCUGAUGCAGAGAUUAGGUGUGCUAUUACAGAUUGUGAUGCCAACAAGGCUCUAGGCCCAGAUGGGUUCAACUUGGCAUGUGUCCAGAAGAUGUGGAAGGUAAUGAAGAGUGACGUGAUCAACUUUAUAAGUGAAUUCCAUAAAAACAGUAAGUUAGUUAAAGGGAUCAAUAGUUCUUUUAUCACUUUGGUGCCUAAGAAGGAGAAUCUAGUGAGUUUAGCUAAUUAG